ACUGUUGCUGUCCCUUUGCUGCUAUUGCGUUGCAAAAAAAAUCCUCACUAGGUAGCCCUGGGCCUUUUCUGUGCUAGAGGAGCUAAAGGAGAAAGAUUCCUGCAACUGAAAGGGCAAUCGGGUAGUAUUAAAUUUAAGAUAUUAAUGCCCACUCUUUACAGGAGCGUGGCGAUAGGAGUGGGGAAGAGCCUUAGCUUUGAGAGCUGAAGAGUGUAAAACCAUUAGUUUCGGGGCCAGGCGUUUUGAAAGGCUUUGCAGGAUCUGUUUUCUGCGCAUUUCUUCCGUGAUUAUUGACUGGUUUAAACACAACCCCUCGAACAAUUCUGAUAAACCUUCGAUACCCGCAGCCCUUCCUUACAGCGUGUAGGAGCCACCAGCGUGCCCAGCAGCUGGUCCUCCCGUCCUACCUCUAGAAGAGCCUAGCGCGUGCACCAUCCCCACCCCCUAGCCUCCCUCCCCACCUACGGCUUCCACGCACUCGCAGUGAUUGUUUUGCCCGCUCCCGCUCCCGCUCCCGCCGCCGCCGCCGCCGCCGCCGCCGCCGCCAGAGGAGCAGCAGCGCUUGUGCAAACCGGGAAGAUGGCGGCCGGCGGCGGCGGAGGCAGCAGUAAGGCCUCCUCCUCGUCGGCCUCUUCGGCAGGGGCUCUGGAGUCCUCGUUGGAUCGAAAAUUCCAGUCGGUAACUAACACCAUGGAAUCUAUUCAAGGCUUGUCGUCUUGGUGUAUAGAGAACAAGAAACACCACACUACUAUCGUCUACCAUUGGAUGAAGUGGCUCCGGAGAUCUGCCUAUCCCCACCGUUUGAAUCUCUUUUACCUUGCCAAUGAUGUCAUACAGAACUGCAAAAGGAAAAACGCAAUCAUUUUCCGUGAAUCAUUUGCUGAUGUCCUUCCUGAAGCAGCUGCUCUAGUGAAUAUUUUUCUAAAAAAUUUUCUACAGGAGCAGUUUGCUUUGGUGGACUUCAGCCUUUGCCCCAAAGAAUUCUUUCUCAGAGCUUCUGAGGUUUUUUCUAUCAGCCUGUCAUCUUUACUUCAAAGUGUUACCGGGAACCCAGUCCCAGCCAGUGAAGCUGCAUCUCAGAGCACUUCAGCUUCCCCUGCCAACACCACAGUCUCUAGCAUAAAAGGAAGAAAUCUGCCCUCCAAUACCCAAUCCUUUAUUCCCAAAAGCUUCAAUUAUUCUCCUAAUUCAUCAACUUCUGAAGUCUCUUCAACAUCAGCCAGCAAGGCCUCAAUUGGGCAAAGCCCAGGGCUCCCAAGCACUACUUUUAAGCUACCAUCCAACUCUGUUGGGUUUACAGGAACCCACACUACUAACCCUGCUGCCCCACCUACUGAAGUUGCCAUGUGCCAAUCUUCAGAGAUCGCCAAGCCAAAGCUGGAGUCCGAGUCCACCUCUCCAAGCCUGGAAAUGAAGAUCCACAACUUCUUAAAAGGUAAUCCUGGUUUCAGUGGCUUAAACUUAAACAUCCCAAUCCUGAGCAGCUUGGGGUCCAGUGCCCCAACAGAAAGCCACCCCUCAGACUUCCAGCGUGGCCCUACUAGCACGUCAAUCGACAACAUUGACGGAACCCCCGUGCGGGACGAAAGGAGUGGGACGCCCACCCAGGAUGAGAUGAUGGACAAGCCCACAUCCAGCAGUGUAGACACGAUGUCCCUGCUUUCUAAGAUCAUUAGCCCUGGUUCCUCAACACCCAGCAGUACAAGAUCACCACCCCCUGGGAGAGAGGAAAGCUACCCCCGGGAACUCUCCAAUUCUGUACCUACAUAUCGACCUUUUGGCCUGGGCAGUGAAUCACCCUAUAAGCAGCCUUCUGAUGGAAUGGAGAGACCAUCUUCCCUGAUGGACUCUUCGCAGGAAAAGUUCUAUCCAGAUACUUCUUUCCAGGAAGAUGAGGAUUACCGAGAUUUUGAGUAUUCAGGGCCUCCACCCUCUGCCAUGAUGAACCUAGAGAAGAAGCCAGCCAAGUCUAUCCUGAAGUCAAGCAAGCUUUCUGAUACCACCGAAUACCAGCCAAUCCUCUCCAGUUAUAGCCACAGGGCCCAAGAAUUUGGGGUAAAGUCUGCCUUCCCUCCAUCUGUAAGGGCCCUCCUGGACUCUAGUGAGAAUUGUGACCGUCUGUCCUCUUCCCCUGGGCUAUUUGGUGCCUUCAGCAUAAGAGGGAGUGAACCGGGGUCUGACCGGUCACCAUCACCGAGUAAGAAUGAUUCAUUUUUCACCCCUGACUCCAACCACAGUAGCUUGUCUCAGUCUACCACUGGGCAUCUCGGUUUGCCACAGAAGCAGUACCCAGACCCUCCUCACCCAGUCCCACAUCGUUCCCUUUUCUCUCCGCAGAAUACCCUUGCCGCUCCCACGGGCCACCCACCCACACCAGGCGUGGAGAAAAUCCUGGCCCCCACCAUUUCCACCACGUCGACGAUUGAGUUUAAGAAUAUGCUUAAAAACGCCUCCCGAAAGCCCUCAGACGAUAAGCAUUUUGGCCAGGCACCCAGCAAGGGCACUUCGAGUGAUGGUGUCAGUCUCUCAAACCUCGCCCAGCCCAGCUUGACAGCCACUGAGCAGCAGCAACAAGAAGAGCACUACCGCAUAGAAACCCGAGUCUCCUCCUCCUGCUUAGACUUGCCUGAUAGCACCGAAGAGAAGGGGGCCCCUAUAGAAACCUUGGGUUAUCAUAAUGCAUCCAAUAGGAGGAUGUCAGGGGAGCCGAUACAGACCGUAGAGUCCGUCCGAGUUCCUGGGAAGGGAAAUAGAGGACACGGGCGUGAGGCUUCAAGGGUGGGUUGGUUUGAUCUGAGCACCUCAGGCAGCUCCUUUGACAAUGGCCCCUCAAGUGCCUCUGAGUUGGCAUCCCUUGGGGGUGGGGGCAGCGGAGGCCUCACUGGCUUUAAAGCGGCACCAUACAAGGAACGGGCACCCCAAUUUCAGGAAAGUGUCGGCAGCUUCCGUUCCAACAGUUUCAACUCAACAUUUGAGCAUCAUCUCCCCCCGUCCCCCUUGGAACAUGGGACACCCUUCCAGAGAGAGCCAGUGGGGCCAUCAUCUGCCCCACCUGCCCCUCCUAAGGAUCAUGGUGGUAUCUUCUCUCGAGAUGCACCCACUCAUCUACCCUCUGUGGAUCUUUCGAACCCCUUCACAAAGGAGGCGGCCCUGGCCCAUGCCGCCCCACCCCCUCCUCCUGGAGAGCACAGCGGAGUUCCUUUCCCCACCCCACCCCCUCCUCCACCCCCUGGGGAACAUAGCAGCAGUGGUGGGAGUGGUGUCCCCUUUUCUGCUCCACCUCCUCCUCCACCCCCUGUUGACCACUCUGGGGUUGUACCCUUCCAAGCCCCACCACUGGCAGAGCACGGAGUGGCGGGAGCUGUGGCAGUAUUUCCCAAGGACCAUAGUUCCCUCCUUCAAGGGACCCUGGCUGAGCAUUUUGGGGUGCUCCCAGGACCCAGGGACCAUGGGGGCCCCACCCAACGGGACCUCAACGGCCCUGGCCUUAGCCGUGUACGAGAGAGCCUCAGCCUACCCUCCCAUUCUCUGGAGCACCUGGGCCCAGCCCAUGGAGGAGGAGGUGGGGGAGGCAGCAACAGCAGCAGUGGCCCCCACUUGGGUCCCUCACACAGAGACGCCAUCAGCCGGAGUGGUAUGAUUUUGCGGAAUCCCCGGCCAGACUUUCGGCCUAGGGAACCUUUUCUCAGCAGAGACCCGUUCCACAGUCUAAAGAGACCCAGGCCACCUUUUGCUAGGGGCCCUCCGUUCUUUGCACCAAAACGCCCAUUCUUCCCUCCCAGGUACUGAUGGAAACCAAGGGAAAAGCAUUUUGAACAGUCUAGAGAGCAUUGGAAGUAGGAGUUUGGUUUAUUGUUGUUUUUAUUUGUUUUCCUUCCUUUGAUUUUUUUUUUUUUUUUUAAUGACAAAGGGCCUCCCUUCCAAAUUAAAAAGUCAUACAUGCUUCCAUUUCACUAUUCCUUCCAGUCCUCCUUCCCACUGCACUUACCGACCUUCCCCCAAGCUACUUGUAUUUUAAGGGGGCGGGGGGGCAAAGAAACACAACCAAAGCCACUUCACUUGGCUGGGGGUUUGAGGGGUGGGGAGGAAAACAAAUCUUAUUUUACCCCAUUUAUUGAAGAGUAUUAUUACAUUUGAAAUAAAACUUCCAUCAGUACAGAGAAUAACAUGUGCAAUGUUGGGAUGUUAUUUUGGGUUUGGCUUAUCACGUAGUCAAUGGAAGGACUCCUGUCCCCUUCUCUCUUCCAUUAAGUAACUGCUGUGACCAGCGUGGCUCCCUUUCCUAUAUGCUCUGUGCGCUGCUGACAAGCCAAAAGAUGUUGCAAGGGAAGAUAGGUGGGAGACCAUGGACCUGUCAAGUUUGUUUGUUUUGUUUUUAAAGACAUACUGAAGUUGGGUUCUUUACCUUUCUCUUAAAAUCUUAAUUAAAAAAAAAAAUCAGCCUCUUCUAAAGGACUAUCCGUCAUUAACUUUGAGGGAGAUACAGAUCUCAUUCUAUCCUAGUAAAAAUUACUCCUCUUUAUCCUUGGAAUGAAAGAGCGGGGACUGGAUAUAAUCUCCAGGUUAAAAUAAGGUAUAAACUCCAAUACAGAGUAGAGAAAGGAACCGGUAAGCGGUGCAGUGUGACCUGCCCAUCCCUCAUAAACGAGAAUGGGAGACUUUUUGAGGUAGUUUGAUAUGUCUUGCACCAAGCUCUUGCUUCAUGUCUUUCUUGCUUGCUUGACUUUAUCUCCCUCAGUUUUCACUUCUGCUUUGGCUGGAAAGAAAGUCAUUACAGGUGACAGUUGAUACAAAGACGCAACUAAAAUAUUAUCCCUGUAUUUUUUAAUGUAAAAGGUAGACGUUUUUACCAUGGUGCCUCCCUAAUGUAAGUGAUAAUUGUUGGUGGUUUUUAGCAAGGGUUAACUACUAGGGAAAGAGAGCUAUUGGCCUGUAUCUUUCUUUCCUCCUUGCCCUAGUCCUGUAUUUAGCCCUGUUCUUGGUAUUUCAAAGGAGAGGUUCAAUAGUAUCUUUCAAUGCUUUACACCUCUUUAGGUGUGUCUUAAUGACAAGUGGGUAUCACUAUACAUAUUUUUACAGAGAACCAGGAGGACCUGAGAAAUCCAGAUUUACCCCAUUCUACAGCCAACACAUUUCAAGGCUCAAGCCUUAUCCUCACCUUCCACUCCCAAUAGGAAAUAAAAAUUUCUGCCCUUAGUCAUUUUACACGAGAAGGGUGUGCUUUCCUUCUCCCCAAACUGAAAGAAAGGCUUCUUUGUAUUUCUACAACUAGUACUGGGAAAAAAGACAAUCAGUAUGCUUUGAGUGUUUAUAACUUUGUAUCUGGGAAUACUGAAAAGCAAAGAUUGCUUUACUAUUAUUUUGUGUUAUUUAGUGUCUUACCCCAAGGUAUACACACUGGUAAUCUCCAGCUAGAUAAGUAAAAAAAUAUGUGUUGUGGGUUGGUUUUUUGUUUUUUUGUUUUUUGUUUUUUAGGGAAUCCUAGCAAGUUUCGUAUUUUCUUCCAAGUGAGCAUAGAACUAACUGUAGGAAGUACGGGGAUAUUUUGGAUUCCUCUUGUGAAAUAUUAAAGAUGGGGGAGAGUGGACAACGUAGUGACAGAAGAUGAUUCUUUGUGUCAGAAUAAACUUGCCUUUCAGAUAAAGAGCAGCUUAAACCAGUUGUGCGUCAUGGUUUGGGAGUUUUUGUGUAAUUUAUUCCAUGUUAUUUAUUUGGGCUCACCAGGUGUUCUGUGGUUAGGAGGCUGCAAGUCCUUCAACUUCCUGAUGCAUUUCUGGUCUUAAGUCAACUGUUCUUUCUUUGACCCUCUCCAGCCUCUCUGCCCUGUAGCUCUCCCCACAAAAAUGCAUGAUACCAUGACCUUGUGUGUGGGAUGGGGUAUAUAGUGUAGCAAAGCAAAGAAACAAUAUAGUUACCUUGAGUCCUGAGACAUUUGUUUAGGGGAAAGUGUGAUCGAGAGUAAGGGUAGGGGUGGGGGGGGAGGGAGAGUUCUAAUUGAUUCAGAAUUGAAACUUUUUUUGCAGAAAUUAAGUGGGAUGUUUUUCAUUCUAGAAUAAAAGAAUGUGAAUUCUUUCUGCUGCUCUUGUUUAAGCUAAAAGUAGUGUUUACUUGAAAAGGCUCUCUGACCGUUUGAUUUUAUCAGAAAAUGUGGGGAUGUCAGGGAAGUGGCUUCCUGAAUGUUGGGGCAGGGUAAUUGUCUUCAAAAGCAUGAUGACUAAUACAUGAAAGGAAGACCUUGUUGUACAGUUUAAAAGAUGGACUUUAAAGGGUUGGGGGUUUUUUGCAGGGUGUUUUGCUUUUUAAGCUACAAAAUCCUCAUUGAGUUUGUUUCAGGAUGGAAGUGAGGAUUUGUAUGUGACUGUCAGCUGUUAACUUUAAGGAAAUCUGUCUACAGCAGUAAAUGAAGACAACAAUGUAUAUAUGUGAUAUAGUGAAACAAAAAAGACAAUUCUGGUAUUCAUAACAUGAAACAAGGGGGUUUUAUCCUUUCUGUGUCUGUGAUUUAAAACUCCGUGCCCAUGCUCUGACUUUUGUAUUUCAACCUGAGUUUAAAAAUAUAAUAAACAAAAAAAUUUUUUUUAAGAAAGCAUAAUAUAGUGUGUCUUGGCAAGGACAUGAUUUAUAUGAGAGCAGAAUAUGCGAAGUUGUUACUAAGGUCCUUGGUGCUCACUGUAAAAUCACAGACAGAGAAUUGGGGGGGGGUCAUGAAUACACUGGUACCACUUAAUUCAGUGAUAGUAUCAGAAAUCAAGUCCUUAAGUACUGUAUAAGAGUUUACUCUUCAGUCAGCUUAGAUGAGAGCCCUCUCCCCGCUCCCCUCUGCCCUCCCAAAAGAUGAGCAUAAAUAGAUUUUGGGUUGAUGCCAGGGAAGGUAAAAUGAUCAGAGAGUAGGACUUUUAUCCUUUCCGAUCCCAGGAAUACAAUGUUUGUGAUAUACAUGGUACAGCUAACCUAUCUAGAUAAUGUGAAUAUGCUAGACUUCCUAAUUGCAGAAUAUUCACUAUCCUGAAGUUACCGGUUCAUGCAGAAUUAAGCUUCAGCUGUUAAUUGUUUUGAAGCCGCUGUAAAUUACUGCUUUUCCCCUUUUUUCCUCCCCCACCCCUUUUUUUUAAUGGGCGGGGGUGCCUGUUAAGAUUAAAAUUAGAUAUGUUGGAUGAUAUUCUCACGUGUUCGGUGUGGAAAACAACAAGUACAUGCUUUAGAGGCAACAACAAUGAAAUCCUUUUGAAAUGUGUAUUAAUAUCAUUUAAUAAAAUAACUAGUUCUGAA